AUGAAGAAUGAUGAUGAGUUUGAGAGGUUGCUGGGCGAGAUCCCUCAUGCAACAGCAUCUCCAUUGAAUCAGCAUCACACACUCGGCGAUGCCCAUCAUCACCGGCACGCCAAUCUCGUCGAUCAUCAUGGCUACGGCCACGCGUCAUGCGUGUCCCGCAGAGUGAAUGGACAUGCCCAUCCCAUGUGUGACGAUGACCUCUUGCGGCAUAAGUACGCAAGCGUAUCUUCCCCUGUUAGUGGGUUCUCUCUGCAGUCCGAUGGCUCCUCCUCUAGCCUGUUCUCCGGCGGCGGCGGAAUCUCUCUCUCCAACAUCGAGACGCCGUCUCCGCCUCAAAUCGAGAUCCUCAACAGCCACCUGAUUCCGGGUAAUGGGUUCUGGCUCGAUUUCAAGAAAGAUAACGACGAUGUCAAUUUCCUCGAUGAUUUUCAUCUGUCCGGAAAUUUCAGCAAAAUGUACAUUAGCGAUGAGCCGGACUACGGGCUGGAAUUCAUAAAUGGCGUUCAAUCUCGUAAUCGAGCUCAGAAUGGGGACUCUCUGUUAAAUCUCGAGAAUUAUGGUGCGUUUAAUAAUUAUAGGAAGUCCUUUACGGAUUCUAAUCAUCUCCCUGUUCCCAGAGAAACUCCUAUGGAUCUCCGCUCGCCUAUGGUGGAAAUGCAGAACCAUCCUAGAUGUGCUAAUUUAUUGGGAUCCUCCUAUUCCCCUAGCCGACUCGAAAGACCUUACAAUCGGCCCGAAUUUGGUAGCUCGCAGUUGAGUCCUCUAUUUUACAGAGCCAACGGAAAUGGAAAUUUCCCAGUGGGACUAUUUAUGCCAGAGGUAUCACCAUCCCCUUUGAAUAGGCUUCCAGCUACAGCCACUGAUGCUUUUUAUAUGCCUAGUGUGGUGCAAUUGGCUCGUCUGAGCCGGCAUUGUGAUGAUGAGAACAAUUUACUUCGCCACCACCCUUCAGUGCCCAACGUGAGAAACCGAGCACCUCGGAGGAGUAUUGAGCCCUUCACAAGGGAUGAUAGCCUGAUAAUCCAAGGAGAAAGUGGUAUCGAUUACUGCACGAACGGAGGUCACGUUCGUUCGAGGAGGGGGCACAAUAGCACGAGAAGCCUUCAAUCUGAACAGAAGACACUGUUCUCUAGCUCCUCACCCUCGAGUUGCUGCUCGCUUGCUGAAAUUCGAGGUUAUAUAUACUAUAUCGCCAAGGACCAACAUGGCUGCAGGUUCUUGCAGAGGAUGUUUGACGAGGGGACUUUGCGAGACGUGCAGAUUGUGUUUGAGGAGAUAAUAGAUCAUGUGGUCGAGCUCAUGAUGAACCCGUUUGGGAAUUAUCUGAUGCAGAAAUUGCUGGAGGUUUGUACUGAAGACCAGAGGAUGCAUAUACUGUUGAGAGUGACUGAGGAACCGGGGGAGCUCGUUAGGAUCUCUCUGAACACGCAUGGGACACGAGUGGUGCAGAAGUUGAUUGAGACCCUUAAAACGAGGCAGCAGAUAUCAAUAGUUGUUUCAGCCCUUGAACCGGGUUUUCUUGCCCUUAUUAAGGAUUUGAAUGGUAAUCAUGUCGUGCAGAGGUGCUUGCAGUGCUUUUCCGCUGAAGAUAGUAAGUUCAUUUUCGUAGCUGCUGCAAAGUACUGUGUCGACAUAGCAACACACCAGCACGGGUGUUGUGUUCUGCAGCGCUGCAUCAGUCAAGCUACUGGCGAGCUUCGAGAAAAUUUGGUUGAAGAGAUUUCAGCAAACGGGCUUCUGCUUGCUCAGGAUGCUUACGGAAAUUACGUCAUCCAGUUCAUUUUGGAGCUUAAGAUCCCAUCGGCCACGUCCAAACUGAUAUCUCAGUUUGAGGGUCACUAUGUGCAUCUUGCGAGACAAAAAUUUAGCAGCCAUGUUGUUGAGAAGUGUCUUGUGGUGUGUAAUGAAGGAAUCCGGUCAAAAAUCAUUCAUGAAUUGCUAUCGGCAUCUUACUUUGAGCAGCUGCUCCAGGACCCACAUGCAAAUUAUGUUAUUCAGACAGCUCUUCGUGUUACCGAGGGUCGUCUCCAUUAUUCAUUGGUCGAGGCAAUCGAAUCCUACAAGGCAAUCUCACGCAACAGUCCCUACUCGAAGAGGAUCUUCUCGCAAAAGCUCUUGAAGAGGUGA